AUGGCCGCCCCAGAUAAUGAUACUUACGGAGCGUUGCCUGGCACAGAACUCCCCAAUGUAUCACAAAACUGGACGCAGUUCAAAGGCGAGAUACACGACAAGUCCUUGGAAGGAUGCCAUCCCUCAAGGUGGAUAUAUGAACUUCUGAACAACAACUUCACUACAUGCGACAUCUUUCGACGAGCACAACAAGCGGACCUGGACGUUCCUUACCAAUGGCAAAAUCACGCCCAUCGACUGAUCAUAAAUGGCAACCAGAGCUAUAUCACCUCAGACACACGCACCUUGUCAUCAGUGUGUAUUGAAUGCCAUUUCCAUUUCGUUUUCAAACUGGCUUGGCAGAAGGAUCAUACAGACGAACUCUGUAACCCCCGCCAAGCACAAUGGCCUCCAAGAGAUGGCAGAUUUCCCUGGCAUCACCUUGCCUGGGCUGGCUCAAAAACCACAAUGGAUUUUCUCCCCGAACGGAGCAAGUACAAUCCUCUUGUUGCCCGCGAGAACUUUGCUUGCUCAGCAGCACCAUGCACAUUCCAAGUCACCCUUGAUAUCUCGAAGCCUCGCAUGCCUUUAUGGUGGAUCGACCUACUGCUCGACUCUGAUGCGAUCCGUGAAGAGUUGCGUAUCGCCAAGGAGAAUGACCCGGAACGUUACAUGGCGGCGACUGAUGAUUGGGCUAUGCAAGCCCCUCUAAAUCUCAACACCUACCUCAAAAACUUGAUAGAGGCAACGUCCCAGGAAGGUGCUAGAAGUAUUUCAAAACGUAACAAGCGAUUCGCUGUGCUCUUUGGUCCCCGCUGCUUUAAGAUAUUCCAAGAACUCGAAUUUGAGGAAACAGUCGACAUCAGAGAAGAUGAUGUGGAUGAAGGGGCGUUUAAGCCUGUGGUUCCUCCUCCUCCUGACGCACCGUCUGGGGCUACCCGGAUAGGGACAUAUCGCGGAUACAUCGAGGAUGUUCGAGCUGAAGUGCAGUGCUUGAUUCACAAACGGGGCGAACCAGCAGAGCUUUGUACUCCCACCCUACACGCCUAUCUGGGCUGCUCAGAGGUCCCAGACGCCAGCUCCAAUGUAUUUGUCAACCUCGACCGUUACAAAUUGAUGGGCGUUUUGCCAAAUCAACCCAAAGAAAUUGUCGAUAAUGCUUAUAGGAGACAAUGGGAUUUGCUGCCAGACUCGCGGAGAAGGAAACUAAUAGAUGCUCUCGGACAAAUUGCCAACGACCUGAACGAUGAGGACUUCAGCCACUACGCCGUCAUGCAAUCCUCAGUUUACGAAAGUCAGGCUCCAACACAAACCAACGAUGAGGAUACGGAAGUGAUAAACCAAGCUUUGCUUUUCUUCGGGCUGCAGCCACCAAAUAACCACAAUGCUGAUUCAAUAGUGCUGGCGUAUCGACGCACGGUGGCACAAUAUCCCAGCAAUGCUACUUCUGCACGAGGCAUGUUGAUGCUGGUUUCUAAUACGUCCAGCGACGAAGCCUACAAAAACCUUUUGAUGGCAGAAUACGUGGGAGGAUUUUCCUUGACCACCGCUAAAGAGAUACUCGGAUUGAGCGAUGCAAGCUUCGACUCUGAUACUCUCGACAGUAUCAAGAACAAGAUCCAAAAUGCCAAGGACAAGGAUGCCAAGACAACCUACCUGGACGCAAUGGACAAAAUUGUCGAGUACACAAAUUCUACAGACCUCAAAAGCAUCGUUGCCGAGUUGCGACAACAAAACGGUAUUUCAGCCUCUACUGACGUAUUUACAUCCAGUAGUCUAGACCAAGCUGCCGAUUAUGAUCUUCCCGUUGGGCUUGAGAACAUCGGAAAUACGUGUUACUUGAACAGCCUUUUGCAGUACCUCUUCACUGUCAAGCCAGUACGAGAGAUUGCUGUCAAUUAUAAUGACUUCAAGCUGGAGUUAACUGAUGAGACAAUCGAGGGUCGACUACUUGGUGGCAACAAGAUGCGGAUGAAGCGUGAGGAAGCUGUCGUUGCCCAAGCAUUCGCCCAAGAGCUCUCAGAGUUGUUCAACAAGCUUGAAACAUCAGAAACGAGAGCAACAAGGCCCUCACAGAGAUUAGCGAAUGCUGUCCUUCUGGAUACCGACACCCUCGUCAAAGCUGCUAACACUUCCACUGAAACGGGCACCGCAAACCAACCACCGCCACUUCCUACACGGCCACCCCCAGGCCUUCCAGUUAAGGAUUCAGAAGAUGUGGAAAUGGCUACUGUGUCCGUCAAAGACGAUCUAGACCCGAACGAUGCAGCUAGUACCGCUAGUUCUCAGACACUUGUCGAAGAUUCCGAUCGUUCCUAUGACAAAGUCGAAGCCUCCCCUACCAACAAAGGCAAUCAAAUUACUGACACCAUUAUGGAAGUCGGACAGGAUGAUGAUGUGGUUGAAAUCAGCCGGCCAAACCACCAAGCCGAUGAAUUUAUCGAAGUCUCCGAGAAGGAGACCAAUGGUGUUUCCAACGAGGAUCAGUCUCCUGAUGCCAAGAUGAUAGAUGCCGAGGAUCCCCAAACAAUUGACCAGAAGGUACUAACAGCCCUGGAGCACCAGGAGAGAUCUUCUGGUACAGACCAACAAGAUGUUGAGGAAGUCAUGGGAAAUAUCAUCAGCCGCCUCCAAGCUGCCAUACGACCGUCAUCCAUCAACGAUGUUACAGGAAUCCAAAUGGAACCUAUUAUGGAAACCUUCUUCGUUACAACGAUCAAUUAUACCAAAAAGUUUGACGAGAGCGUUUAUCAGAAGGAAAUCAGUUUUGAUCGGUUUAUCACGGCUUUUCCUUCUCCACAGGGAGGAACAUGCUCACUAUAUGAUGCACUCGGCCGUAACUUUGAUCAGCAGGCUAUCGAAGGAAGCCAGCAAUCAAGAUAUACAGCCAUCAAGACACUGCCUCCUGUCUUGCACGUCCUUAUUCAGCGCUCACAGCUUGUUGAUGGCAAGAACAACAAUCCGGUCGAGAUUCCUGAGACGCUGUACCUUGACCGGUAUAUGGACGCUCCCCACGACUCGUCAACGUUCCGAGAUCGGAAACAAAGUUGGGCAACUGCUAAUCGCAUAUCGGAGAUCGUGGCUUCCUUGGCUGCCGCAGGAAGCAUAGGUCCAACAGGCCCCUUUCUGGAAUCUUUUUUUCAAGAAGGGAAAUCAGAUGAUAGAAACACGACUACCACAGAUGAUGUCACAAUGGUAGAUGAGGAGGAGAUUGGGGAAGAGUCCUGGAAUUUUGAUGGCCCGGUAGAUGAUGAUUUCCUGGUGGUCAACCGACCCAAUAAACCUACAGCUUCUGAAGUCGAACAGCCUGAGAUGCCGCAAGGCAUCAGAGCAACUGAAGCCGCCAUUCUAGAGCAAAUGGAAUCCGAGCUAAGGGAGACAACAGAAGGUCUAGAGAAGUACUACGCCGGGCUCAAGAGCAAUCCCUACCGUCUCCACGCUGUCAUUUGCCACAGGGGUAGUCUCAGGUCUGGGCACUACUGGGUGUGGAUUUAUGACUUUGAACGAAAUGUGUGGCGCAAAUACAACGAUUCGAACGUUGAGGUCAAACACAGCACCGAAGAAGUUCUGAAAACAUUGAGCUCCAGUGGCGAACCUUACUUCCUUUGCUACGUCCGUGACGAGGACAAGGAGAAGUAUGUUGAUGUACCCCGGCGUCGACGCCCGUUGCCAUCUUUAGGCGAGGCGUUACCAUCUUUAGGCGAGGUGUUGCAGCCUAAAGAUGCCGAUGGAGACACCCAGAUUAGCAGCGCUGAUAUGGUUAAGACCUCGGCUGUUGUCCAUGAGCCUCCGCCUCCUUACUCGCAGAGCGACUAG